AGAUGAUUGCCGAAGUUAUGCGGCAGACUUCUUUGUUAGCUUUAAAAUUCUGUGAUACUUUCGGUGGUGUGAUGUUGCAGUUUCUCCAGAAUGGCCCGUUUUACGAUGUGCAUGCAUUGAAACCUUUGCUAAGACACAUUUGGCCUAUCCCCCUCAGUGGAUACGAGCCAUGAUAGAGGUUAAUCAUCAUCAUCAUCAUCAUCAUCAUCAUCAUCAUCAUAUCAUCACCAUCACAUCGUGCACUGGUAUCAGAAUUGGCCUACCAAGUCGCACUCUUUCUGAGGGACGUAUUCCCGAACGAUCACUGUCGGCAAUACUAGAACAAAUUGUAGUCUCAACCAACGGAGACGAUAGCGCUGGUGGUGUUUUUAAAAUUACUUAUCUCAAUAGCAGUAAAAUAUUCGUGCUAAACAAGAAUAAAUAUUGCACUACCGUUUUCCGUAAAGAAAGAUGAAGAGCGCGUGCACAAACCGCACGUGAGCUUGCGUUCCACUCAGCGCGUGCCAGAAGCGCAGCCUGCUCAGUUUCUGCCAGCUCAGUCUUCACAUCGGAACGCCGCUAAGACGAAUAAGAAUUUAUUGCGGCUUCCGGGCGAUGGCCAUUUGCCAGAUCCGCAAAGAACAGCGGCUCCAGCGUCGAAACCAGCUGGAUAGCGCGAAUGAGGGCGCCCCGUCGGCGUACGGCCACGACAGUGAAGACUUGGGCGACGUGAUACGUACCGACGUUAGCGACGACUGCUUCAGGAUGAUCUCAGUUGCGUUGCCUAGCACUGCGCCGCCGUUCUCAGACGUGGCACCGCCUUCCGUCCGUGACCCGGGGUUGCCGCGUCCGUUUGGCCUUUACCGCGGUGUCGUCGUCGACGAACGUGUCUGCUACUGGACCGAGAAGCACGACAAGGGCGUGCUCGACAUGCAAGCUACCAUCUACGAUUACGACAUCGAUGUUCUCCAGAAGACCACACACGCUCGAUCACUGCAGUACUCGGAGCCAACUGGUAGCUACGAGGAUGUCCAAGAGAAAAAGAACAGCGCCACGAGUGAGCCGAACGCCAGCGUCUACGACCAUAACAACGGCGACGACGAGGGCGAUGACGACGGUGACAACAACGACGAGGCACUGCUGCACGCGAAGGACACCGAGAUCUACGGCAACGCACUGCUGGACCUGACAGGUGCCGAGCAUGACCAGUUGGAGGGACUUCAGGGCGGUCACUACGGUCCCGUGGUCACGACGUACGGGACGCCGUAUGCGCCAGGAGAACCAUUUCCCAACAAGCGUUUCCAUCACUGUGUACAGCGCGGCGCGCGUCUUAGUCGUGGUUGCACCGAGGACCUCGGGCGACCGCAACCGCUUCUGCACCAGCCCGUGCGGUCGUGCGCUGCAUAAUCGCGCCAACGUACACAUGGCGACAGGAAGCUGCCAGCCGUGGAAUCCAGAAGCAGAAUCAAGGCCGUGGCUCCGAAUCACGGACUCGUUUACCUGGUUGACGCGUCGGGAACAAUGUCAGCCAGAACGAGUGUUUCGUAAAGUUUGUUGACGUGUAUUUUGUUUGAAAAAGACGUAUUAAUAUUAAUUAAAUUAUUA